UCCGGACACCGAGGUGCUUGGAAGAUCAACUCUCCCCAGUGUUCACACCCUGCUGAAACUGGCACAGCUAAGAUGGACCAGCCACCUCUCAAGAAUGUUUGACACUUGCCUGCCAAAGAAAAUCUCCUAUGGCUAACUGUCAAAUGAAGUACACUUUCAUGGCGCACAAAAGAAGCGUUACAAGGACAUCCUAAAGGUGUCCCUAAAGAGUUGUGGGAGCAAAUUGCUCGCAACCGUCCAUCCUGGAGGUCCCAAAUCCAGAAUGUACCAUUGGCCUUUGAACAGCAACUCACGGCAAAAGCCAUAAAGAAAUGUGCAGCCAGGAAAAUGAAAGCCUCCUGUAUCCAGUCCUCAUCGCUCUCCUGCCCCUGCUGCUGCAGAUUGUUCAAAGCAAAGAUCGAACUUACAAGUCACCUACAUGCUCAUGUGACCUAGCCUCCACCCCCCGUCUUCGUUCUCUUCUCUUUUCCUUUUUUCUCCUUUCCCUUCUUUCUCCUUUUGUCUUUUCUUCUUACCUUUUUCUUUCCCACUUCUUUUCUCUCCUCUUCCCUCCCUUCCCCCCUGCUGGAUGUAGUUGUCUUUGGCCACGAAGGAUGAACAACACAACAAAACAGCCAGUACUGGUUGCAAGUGAUUGAUUCAUCUUCCUUCCCUGGUAACUUGCAGAGGUGCAGCAUAAUUUGCCAUGAAAAAGGAGAGGGGCUGAUCAGGUUCUGUACAUUUGGAUCACCUACUGAUUUGUCUAGUCUACAGACUCCAUGCAUGAUUUCUGACUCUGUUUAAUCUAGACUGCAGGGAUUAGAUCUGCAAGUGCUUGUGGGGGCAUGAGAAAUGUGCAGAGGGGAGGAUUCUGCAAUGUGACGUGUAAAAUACCAGAGAAGCAGGCUGGAGGUUUCUACACUGCUCAAAAAUAGUAAACUUUAGAGAGAGAGAGAGAUGAUCAAACACUGAGCUCUGUGGCUGGCAGUUUGUAAAGCUUAGAGGAUGAAUAAGCCAUACCUUAAAGAUGGCCAGAACUUGAAUACAUUUGGCCUCAGGAGAUUUCCAGAGGAGAAAGUAAAUGUUUGGCCAGACAUCAACGGGAGCAGCAGCUCUGGAGUUUCCUUCUCCUGCCCAAACUAUUUCCUUUGCUUCACCUUCUUGCUUCUGUGCCAAAUAGGUCUGCUCAUGGGGCAUCCCCAGUGCCUGGACUAUGGACCACCUUUUCAGCCUCCUUUACACCUGGAAUUCUGCUCUGCCUAUGAGAAGUUUGGCUGCUGCGACCAGGAAAAGGACAACAGCAUUGCAGCAAAAUACUGGGAGAUCAUGGAUUACAUUAGUCCCCAGGGUCACAGGCUGUGUGGAAGGUAUAUCAAGGAUAUCCUAUGUCAGGAAUGUUCCCCAUAUGCAGCUCAUCUCUAUGAUGCUGAAAAUCCUCAAACACCUCUUAGGAACCUCCCAGGACUUUGCUCUGACUACUGCUCUGAGUUUCAUUUUAACUGCCAUUCUGCUAUCACACUGCUGACUAAUGACAAACACAUCCAGGAGUGCUGCGAGAGGAACAAGACCCGCUUCUGUAACCUCCUAAACCUGCAGGAUCAAGACUACUGUUUUCCCAACAUCCUAAAAAACACAGACCUAAAUCGGAACCUGGGAUCGGUGGUGGAGGACCCCAAGGGCUGCCUUCAGCUGUGUCUGACAGAAGUUGCAAAUGGGUUGAGAAAUCCAGUACUGAUGGUACAUGCUAAUGAUGACACUCACCGUAUGUUUAUAGCUGAACAGGUGGGAAUGGUCUGGGUCUACUUGCCAGAUGGGAGCCGGCUGGAGGAGCCUUUUCUGGAUAUCAAGAAAAUAGUGCUGGCUUCCCCAUGGAUAGGGGAUGAGAGGGGUUUCCUAGGAAUGGCUUUUCACCCCAAAUAUAAAUACAAUGGGAAAUUCUACAUCUAUUAUUCAUAUAUGGACAAGAAAGUGGAAAAAAUCAGAAUCAGCGAACUGAAGGUUUUGGCAUCUGAUGUCAAUAAAGCUGAUCCACAUUCAGAAAGGAACCUUUUAGAACUUGAAGAACCAGCUGCAAAUCAUAAUGGGGGGCAGCUCCUCUUUGGUGUGGAUGGCUACAUGUAUUUGUUUACUGGGGAUGGAGGAAAAGCUGGGGACCCUUUUGGAAAAUUUGGGAAUGCUCAGAACAAGAGUACUUUAUUAGGAAAAGUUUUGCGAAUAGACGUGGAUGGAAAAAACCCAGGUGGAAAGCCUUAUCACAUCCCACCAGAUAAUCCCUUUGUCUCUGACCCUAAGGCUCUCCCUGAGAUCUAUGCCUAUGGGGUCAGGAAUAUGUGGCGCUGCACUGUUGACAGAGGGGACCCAGUCACCGACAAAGGAAGAGGGAGGAUAUUCUGUGGUGACGUUGGACAGAACAGAUUUGAAGAAAUUGACAUCAUUGUUAAAGGAGGGAACUAUGGCUGGAGGGCUAAGGAGGGAUUUGAAUGUUAUGACACAAAACUGUGCCGUAAUUCCUCCCUAGAUGACGUUCUUCCAAUAUUUGCAUAUGGCCGCAAGGUGGGGAAGUCGGUCACUGGAGGAUACAUAUACAGGGGGUGUGAGUCACCAAACCUGAACGGCCUCUAUAUUUUUGGUGAUUUCAUGAGUGGUCGACUUAUGGCUUUACAGGAAGAUGAGAGGACAAACAAAUGGAAAAAGCAAGAUAUUUGCAUUGGUAGCACUAAAGCCUGUGCUUUCCCUGGGCUGAUCAGCUCUUAUAAUAAAUUCAUCAUCUCAUUCGCUGAGGAUGAGGCAGGGGAACUUUAUUUUAUGGCUACAUCGUAUCCCAGUGCUUAUGCACCCUAUGGAUCUCUCUACAAAUUUGUUGAUCCUGCAAGGAGAGCUCCACCAGGGAAGUGUAAGCAAAAACCUGUUCCAGUGAAAACAAAGAGUAAACACGUACCAUUUGUUCCACUCGCAAAAACAGUCCUUGAGCUGCUUAAUGAACCAUCAACAACCAAGCCUCCUAAAAAAUCUUAUGCCAAAAAAAGCAAGAAGCCUGUUUCCACCCAGACCAAGGGAUCAGCGGUAAAAAAGAAACAGAGUGGGCAGGCAUCUCAGAAAACCAAGGCCAGAAUAUCCAAGCCUAAUUUAGAUCUACCAAAGCAGAAGGGAAAGACUCCAAAGGUUUCACCAAAGACUAAAAGCUCCCAGUUUAUCAAAACCAAGAUGAAACCUUCCCCUCUCCCAAAGAAAAGAGCAGCUGAGGAGAAAAGCCAGAAGAAACAAAAAGGGGCGAGAUCACGGAGCCGCCUGUGAGCUCAUAGGAGCUAUCACUGAGCUCAAAAUAAACUGAGUCAGAUGAUGAACUUGCUGAAUAUUUCCAUCAGAGACCUAAUUAACUGAAUCAGAUCAAUGUUAUGACUCCUAUAUUUUCAUAAAUAUAUAUUGGGCAUAUUCAGCUUUCAUGUAAACAGGUACUACUCCAUUGCCUUUAGUGCAAAUGAUUUGUAUGUUUUAUUAAGACUUCAUUGGCACUGAGGUUUUCCCAGCCUGCUAAGUUUCAUGUUCCUCACAACUCUUGCUCUGAGGGACAUCUCUUCAUGUCAGUAGCUGUGUGAAGCCUCUGUUGAUUCAAUGUUAGUCCCAAAGGUAGGAGUAGAUAGGCUAUAGUUUUAAGUGAUUUUUGCAGCCUAGCCGAGACAAAAGUGCAGGACUGGGCUACAAAAGUCUAUCAAGGAGCUGAAAUGUUUGUUAGAUUUGUGUUUUGAUCAUAGAAUAUGGAAUAAACUCCUUAAGUUGGCCUGAUUUUUGUUUCAGUCAGUAUUCUUGCUUUUAAGGUCCCUUGACCAAUGAAUUUCUUAUCUGUCAUAAAAUAUGUUAUAAAGUAUGUCGCCUUCUAUUAAAUGCCAUAGAACAAAAUCUGAA